GGACCAUCUUCUGCAGAGGCAGGCAGGCAGGCAAUGCAGCGACGUUAGAAGGAAAAGGUGCUCUCCUCCCCCACCCCUUUUCUAGAGAAACCGACGAACCCCCCGAACUAUGCCAGCUACCCGUCGAGCGCGUCGCAGCACCAGCGCACGCGUCGACACCGAUGACGACGACGGCGAAGGGGCCUGGCCAGGCGCCGCCGAUGCUGAUGGCGAUGGCGAUGGCGACGGUGAAUUCCACGACGAGGAGCAGCAGCACUUUGAAAAUGCAGUAAUCGCUUCCGGCAGUUUCCACGGCAUGCGGCGCACGUCUCGCAACACAUCCGUCUCCAAUUCGGUUGCAGCAGCGGCAACAGCAGCUUCUUCGCCCGAGCACGGCGCGCUGCAAAAACCCAAGAUCAAAGUCAGCCUACGCAGAGCGACACGCAAUGCAUCCGGUGGAGCUGGCGGCGAGGAUGGUUACGCAGGCGCACCGCAUACCGCCGCCUCUGAAGCAGCAGAGGCAGAGUACGAGAACGGAUACAGUGUGCCGGCGGAGGGAGACGAAGAAGCUGCUGCAGCAGUAGCAGCAGCAGGCGGACAAGAACAAGAUUCCUCGCAAGGAGUUACGAAUGGGGCCACGACAAGGCGAAGCCUGCGGUCGAAUGCGACCAAAUCGGCCGUGCAGAAGGAUCAUGCUGACGGCACUUUCGAAGAUGAAGACCUUGACGCGCCUGGAGAGCCGUUUGAGGAAGAGGACCUCGACGAGAUCAUCCCGCAGGCGCGCACGACGCGUAGCGGGCGGCACACCAAGCGGCCCAGCAUCUUUGGCAACAACGUCACCUUCAGCGACGAGGACGAUGACGAUGAGGACGAAGACAGCGAUGAGAAGCCACGAAAAUCCGGGCGCACUUCACGCUCGCGUAGCAAAGGCGCCGGCGCUCGGAACCGCGGGCUUGGCGACUUUGUCGAGCAGGAUGAUGCGGACGACGUCGACGAUGACGCCACGUACGGCUCGUCGCGGCGGCGUGCGCGGGGCAGCAAUAACAACGGCAGUGCGCGAGGUAAGGCGGCUGAGCGCGUCGCGGCGCUCGCCAAGAAGCGUCGCGCGAACAUAAAGGGUAAGAAUGCUCGCUAUGCUGCGCGCCGACGCGCCUCCUCCCUCGCCGACGACGAUGGCGACUUUGAGAUGGACAACGACGAGGCUGAGGACACGCCAGAGGACGGCACGAGCCUGGACCUGCCUGAGGAUGACGAGGACGAGGAGGAAGAGGAGGAGGAAGGAGGCACGCAACAGAGUCAGGGCAUGCGCCUGCGCGCGCGCAAGGAGGUCAACUACGCGCUCCCCGCGCCGCCGCCUGUCCACGCCGGUUGCAGUCCGCGCGGAAAAAAGGGCGGCCCCCCCUCCGGGUCCUGGGGCGUAGCCAAUGGGACUCUCGGAGGGGGCAACGGUGGUCGCAGCAGUCGUGGAGGCGGCAGUGUCAUUGGCGCGGGGACCGGACUGGGCAGCGGCCGCGCGGCACCUGUGCGGCGGCACGGCUACGGCCGCGGGCGCAAGACGGGCUGGGACGCCCUUCCGGCGAGCAUGUCUGGGAAGGACCUCGCCGCACUCUUUGGCGAGGCGGACGAGGACUCGGACGAUAGCGAUGUGCCCAAGCAGAAAGCUGGCGGCCGAGGCGGACUGACGGCAACUGGCAUGCUCACGGGCGGCCUGCAGCCUGCGCCGACCAGCAAGUCGGGCCUCACCGGUGACCUGACGGGCACCGGCGCGACGGAUACGAUGGGCAAGCUUAAGAGCGGUGGCGACCCGCUGGCGGACAUCGACCCACUCGGGACGGACAUGCAGAUCGACUUCAACGCCGUCGGCGGGCUCGAUGCGCACAUCGAGCAGCUGAAGGAGAUGGUCACGCUGCCGCUCCUAUACCCGGAGCUCUUUCAACGCUUCAAGAUCACCCCCCCGCGCGGUGUCCUUUUCCACGGCCCGCCGGGGACCGGCAAGACGCUUGUCGCGCGCGCGCUCGCGGCCAGCUGCAGCUCCGAGGGCCAGCGCAUCUCGUUCUUCAUGCGCAAGGGCGCCGACGUCCUCUCCAAGUGGGUGGGCGAGGCAGAGCGCCAGCUGCGCCUGCUGUUUGAGGAGGCCAAAAACGCGCAGCCGUCCAUCAUUUUUUUUGACGAGAUCGACGGCCUCGCGCCCGUGCGUAGCAGCAAGCAGGACCAGAUCCACGCCUCAAUCGUCUCCACGCUCCUCGCACUCAUGGACGGCAUGGAUGGCCGCGGCCAAGUAGUCGUCAUCGGCGCCACAAACCGACCGGAUAGCGUCGACCCCGCGCUGCGCCGGCCCGGGCGCUUCGACCGCGAGUUCUACUUCCCCCUCCCGUCCAAGGAUGCGCGCCGCAAGAUCCUCGACAUACACACUAGCAAGUGGGACCCGCCCCUCCAUCCCGAGUUCAAGGACCGCCUCGCGGAGCUAACGAAGGGAUAUGGCGGCGCCGACAUGCGCGCGCUCUGCACCGAGGCGGCGCUCAACGCCAUCCAGCGGCGGUAUCCGCAGAUCUACCAGACCACAGAUCGGCUGCUGCUUAAGCCCGAGAGCGUCACGGUCGAGGCCAAGGACUUUAUGAUGUCUAUUAACAAAAUUGUACCCUCAUCGGCUAGGUCGGCUUCUUCGGCAGCUGCGCCCUUGCCCAAUCAUCUAAAACCUCUCCUAUCCCAAAUUACGCAGCAAGCUUGUGCUGCGCUCGACAAGAUCCUGCCAGAAACGUCAAAGAGAACUGCUCUCGAAGAAGCGUUAUGGGAAGACGCUCCGGCAGCAAGAGAGCAAGCCAGUACUUCGACCGAUGUAGAAUCAGCAGCAACAGGGCCUGCAACUAUAUCCGACUACGGCUUUGGGCGAGAAAUGCUGCUUCAGUCCUUUCAGAACAUGCGCGUCUUUCGACCUCGCUUACUCGUUCAUGGGCGGAAUGGUAUGGGUCAGCGAAUAGUCGGCGCAGCCAUGCUGCAGCAUCUCGAAGGCUACCAUGUGCAGUCGAUCGAUGUUGCCACACUUAUGGGCGACAGCACGCGCACGCCGGAAGCGUCAGCGAUCCAACUCUUCACUGAAGCGAAACGACACAAGCCAAGCGUGCUGUUCAUUCCUGGCUUGGCUCACUGGGCCAAGACCGUUUCCGAAAGUGUCCGCAGUACCGUCAAAGCUCUUUUAGACGGACUGUCUCCAUCGGAUCCGGUGCUGCUGCUCGGCAUCUCCGAGGCGCCGCUUUCGCAGCUCCCGCGGGAUGUACGCUCAUGGUUCGGCCUUCUGCGCGAGAACCGCAUCGAGAUCACUAGACCAAGCUGCAAACAGCGCGAAGAAUUCUUCAGAGAGGUCAUAGAGCAUGUCUCGCGUCGCCCGACCGAUUUCCCUGAUGCUGUGCCCCGCAGGAAAAAAGUGCUUGAAAAGCUUCCUAUCGCGCCACCGCGUCCACCGCGAGAGCCGACAGCUGCGGAGCUGCAGCAGCAAGCGGAGAACGAUGCACGGCUCCUCGAACAUCUCAAGUAUCGCCUUGGACCCGUCCUGAAUGAACUGAGAAAGAAAUAUAAGGUGUUCACAAAGGAUGUUUGGGACGAAUACAAUUUCCAAUACCUGACGGACAACUUCAAGCAUUGGAAAGGAAAAGGCAGCUGGAUCUUCAUGUUGCCAUAUGAGCGGACAGAGGAGCAGAUUGAAGAGCUUCGGCGAGCAAGGGCUGCUGCGGCAGCGACUGCGGCCGAGGUGGCAAUAGCUCCGGAAGAACCAGCGGCUCGUGAGGGUCCUACCGUGAAUGGGCAUGCGGAUCCCAACGAGGUCCAAGCCGGUGCAGCCAACAACUCUGGAGCAGUCGAUGUCAGCAUGAGAGGCCCAGAGCCUGCUGACGUUGGCAAAGUGGAACCAGACGCUGCUGGCCCCGCUCCAGAGGAAGAAGAGGAAGACCUGAGGAUAUCCUGGGAGAACACAACCCUGUGGACUAUGUCCCUCGAGAAAAUGCAGAAAAAGCUCUAUUAUGACGCCUACUACUGUGUUUCCGACUUCCUCGAUGAUCUUCAAAAAGUGGUCCACAAUGCGGAGGCAGCCGAGUCGGUCGACGCGGAGCGAGCGGUCAAGGCGCGUCAGAUGGGCAACUUGGCACACAUCAUGCUCGAUCAAUUUGUCGACCCCGCUUUCCGAGCCGAGUGCGAGCUCAUGGCAGUGCGCAACAAAGCGCGUGAAGAAGAUGCAAGGAAAGCGGCUGAGAAUGUUAAUGGCCAUAAGCGAAGGGAAGCACGCAGACUCUCGGGCCCCGUCGUGCAAGAGCGACACAGUGCCCGACAAGCAGGUGAGCAACCGCAACAUCGGUACCCGGUCGAUGUGACAAAAAUCGAGAGGGAGGCGAAUCUCGAGCGCAAGCGCACGCGUGAUAGCGGGUCAGACUGUUCAAGGAGCCACGAUUCCACAAGGGGCCAGAAACGAGCUAAGACAUCAGAUGCCAAGAGGGACGCCGUCGCUCCAGGGACACUUGCACCUUGCGUGCCCCCAGUCCUGCCAUUCGAGGCGGCAAGCGCCUUGGAGCCGACAGUGGUCGCUGGCGCUUCCGCACGCGUCGACAACCAGGCCCCAAUGACGCCAUCCGCAGCAGAGUUGCUUAUGGACAUCAACCAGCUCUUAUCAUCGAACCCUGCAGAUGUUCCUGUCGCUGGUACGGCUCCACUUGUCGCGCAAGCGGUAGGAGCUACAGCAUCACCGGCUCUAUGUCUUAUCAAUCAGCCUCCAUUCGACAACUUAAAAGUCGUGCCUGGCACGGCCGCACACCUCGAACUUGUACCGCAGCAGACCGCACCGUCUCUACCUGAGCGCGGACUCAGCCCAGCGCCCAAAGAGGUUGAGUCGGAACCAGUGCUGGAGCCGGAGCCCGAACCACCCGUCGUACAUCCACCCUUUCAUCUCACGGCCGCAUCCAAACAAGCCCUGCAGCGCGAUUUAAUCGCUCAAACAGAGGGAAUGAGCAUUGAAGAGCUGGUUCAAGUACGGGCCGCAUGCUUCGAUGCCAUCUGGCGCAGUCGCUCGCAGUGGAAUCGGGAGGGGCUGGUGUUGGAGUUAAUGGACAUAGUAAAGGAAAUGGCCUCCAUGGCUGGCCAGACUGAUGAAGAGGACGAGCAAAUGUAGCAUACAUUGUUGGAAGCCAACCACGAUGCAUGAGUGUCCUCGCAUCACAUU